UGUAAACAAUACCGACAGCAAUUCCAAUAUGGCUGAAAGUGCAUUUCAUAUGAUUGUUUCACCUGGUAUAUAUAGAGGCGCCUUGCUGUCAACAAGGGUUUGGCCGCUCCAGAAACAAAAACAAACAUAAUUUCCAUUUCUCGUUUUCAUCGUCAGUAUCCCAAACUUAGCUCGCAGUUAGUGUAAAACGCGGAAAAAUUCCGUCCAAAUGACUUCCUCCCAAGAUGCUUGCUACAUUUCCUUACUUGGUCUAGCGGAAUACUUUCGAACCUCUUCACCACCAAACAUUAAAAAGUGCAUUCAGUGUCUGCAGGCGUUGUUCACAUUCAAGCCACCGCUGAAGGUGGAAGCUCGGACGCAUCUGCAGCUCGGUCAAAUCCUGAUGGCGUAUACUAAAAAUACUGAACUGGCCAGGAAUCAUUUGGAGCAGGCGUGGAUGCUGUCGGAGAACAUCAACAAUUUUGACGAUGUAAAGUUUGACACUGCCAGUCUGCUGGCGCAGCUCUAUCAACAGCAGGAGCAGAGCUCUCUAGCGAAGCCGGUAUUGCGAAAGGCGAUCGAAUUGUCGCAACAUAAUGUUUACUGGCAUUGCAAGUUGUUGUUUCAGUUGGCGCAAACUCACGCCACCGAUAAAGAAUACGCCUUGGCUUCUGAGUUGCUCGCAGUCGGAGUGGAGUCAACAGAUGAAUCCAAUGCUACUUACUUGAAAUCAUUAUUCCUGCUUAGUCGUGCUAUGAUAAUGAUGAUCGAGCGAAGGAACAGUGAUGUGUUGGCUAUUCUGAAUCAAGCAGGGGCAAUUAUUGAUAACGCCAUUCAAAAUAUCCAUUUGAAGGAAUAUCUAAAAGUAUUUUUCUUCGUGCUCCAAGUGUGUCAUUAUUUGCAGCUGGGACAGGUUAAAACCGUCAAAACCAGUUUGAAGCAAUUACAGCAAAGUAUUCAGACCAUCAUGGCUCCCAAUUGGCCGUCUGAUGAGCAAAUUUUCGGCCAAAACAGUACUGAGAUGUUCAUGUGGCUACCCAAGGAGCAGCUAUAUGUGCUAGUUUAUUUGGUGACUGUGUCACAUUCUAUGAUGGCAGGAUAUAUGGAUAAGGCCCAAAAGUACACAGAAAAGGCACUCACUCAAAUUGAGAAGUUGAAAUCUCAAGAGAACAAACCUAUUUUAGCAGUGUUUCAAAUAAUUCUACUGGAACACAUCAUCAUGUGUCGACUGGUGAUGGGAAAUAAAUCACUUGCCAUCAAGGAAAUCGCACUUGCGAAGGAUGUUUGCUUAUCAUCUCCGUAUAAAAUUCUUCUGAAGAAGCAUUCCGCUCAGCUGCAUUGUUUGCUCGGGUUGUACGCAAUGUCUGCCAGUCUGUUCGAUCAUGCCGAGAGGCAGUUCUUCAGUUGCAUCCAUGAUACCAACGAAAGAGAUUUGAAAUUGUUCGCGAAUCUGAAUCUGGCAAUCGUCUAUUUGCGUACAAAACGAGAGUAUGAGUUGCGACAAAUUUUAGAUCAGGUGCAGCAGGAGAAUUCUCAAUGUUCCAACAGUCAGGCCCUGAUGGGCAGUUUCUAUUACGUCCAAGGAUUGAAUGCAUUUCAUAAAAGUAGCUUCCACGAAGCAAAACGAUUCCUUCGUGAAACUCUCAAAAUGGCCAACGCUGAAGAUCUAAAUCGAUUGACCUCCUGUUCGUUGGUGCUCCUUAGUCAUGUGUUUCUGAGCAUUGGGAACUCGAAGGAAAGCAUGAACAUGGUCACACCGGCGAUGCAGCUCGCAUCCAAGAUUCCAGAUAUCCAUGUGCAGUUGUGGGGCAGUGCCAUAUUAAAGGAUCUCCAUCGGAUGCUUAAGGAGCCGGCUCUUGAGACCGAAGCGUACAAUAAUCAUCUUAAUUUCUCGCAGAAUUUGAUUGCGGAUCAGCUGAAGUGCACCAAGUUUCCGGAGCAUUCACUUAUCCACUGGACCCAAGGAGAUCCACCGUUACCAAUAUUAUCCCAGGAGCUACCGGAGGCAACGGCUACCGUUGUGCGGGUAGCUGGCCAACCAGGACAACAGGUGAUCUAUUAGCGGGUAUCGCAAUUAAAUGAUUGCGAGUGUUGAACUGUGCAAAUCUUCGAGAUUUUUCUGCGGUGUGUUCGCGUUUUUUUUUAUCAUAAAAGUUGAAUAAAGUUCUCAAAGUUCUUUUUGAUUCG